AUGAAUCCUGCGAAGCGCAAGCGAGGAGAGAAGAGGCGGGCUUCAUUGGCAAGCUGCGAGACCUGCCGAAAACAAAAGGAGAAAUGUGAAGGAGGUCCUCCAUGCUGGCGAUGUGAGCGCCUUGGUCGACCAUGUCGGUUUCAAGGACAAGAUAGUUCGAGUUUAUUGACACCGGGUGCCUCCGUUGUACCAGUUGCGUCUGUUCCAAGAGAGGAUACCCAGCGAGUACGAAGUCUUGAGCAUAUUGUUCAGCACUUCCUCGGAGACGUGCCUCUAGACGAGGCGAAUCUUUCCCGAAUCGCCGAAAGAUUGCAAGACAAGACAUCAAGUUCGAACCAGCCUGAGGGUUCCCUGGACGUGAACGAGUCAUUCGAUGUCCAUUUUGUGUCGAGUAACGUAGCGCAUUACUCUGGAGAAUUCUCGCAUUGGAACUUUUCGCAAAAGAUACGUCGCAAAAUGAGCUGCCAGAUUGAUCAGCUUGAUACCAGUGUCAAAGAAUACUGGCGUCCAACACAGCUUCAAUCAUCCCCUGAAGAUAUUAGGAAUUGUAUGAAUCAGCUACCACCGAGAGCUAUUGCCGACUUUCUGGUCACGAUGUUCUUUAAAUACGCGGAGGUCAAUUCCUUCUACAUGGAGCGAAGGUGGAUCGAGGAAAAAGUGAGCCUUUGCUAUGACCAUGCCACAAAUUACAGUGCCAAUGACUUUCCAUGGGUGUGUUCUGUAUUUGCUGUCCUCGCUAUCGGUACUCAGGUGGCACACAUGGAAGAUGAAAAGCCAAAGCUAGAUUCCGAAAUAGCUGAUGAGCUGAGUCUUUGCUCUGAAGACUCGGUCGGGCUUGUCUUCUACCACGUGGCCUGCAAACUCAUUCCAGACGUGCUUUUAGUUGCAUCUCAUGAGAGCGUGCAGGUAUUCCUACUUCUUGCCACAUACUCGUUACCUGUUUCGACUGGUGGUCUGGCAUACACUUAUUACGGUCUGGCGAUGAAGAUGGCCAUACAAAAUGGCAUGCAUCGCAAAUACGUUGGUGGAGAUAUUGAUGAUCGAACAAUUGAAACAAGAAAUCGUUUAUUCUGGUCUGCAUAUACUGUGGAGAAGUAUGUUAGUAUUAUGCAUGGGCGGCCCCUAUCUAUAGCUCGAUCCGAGAUCAAUGCCGAUCAUCCAACAGACUACCCUACAUUCGAAUCACCGCGGUUUGCAAAUCUGACUGCCUUUCAUACCUUGAUUUCAUACCUGGGCGAAGUCGCCGAAACUUUUAGAUCACAAUUCAAGAGAUGCCCCAAGAGGCUCCUCUCCGAGUACUCCGAGCGACUGCUCCGCCUAAGGACCGGCAUCAAGCAGUGGUGGGACACUCUACCUGCUACGAUAGAAUGUCGAGAUCUUUGCUCCCAAGGCCCGCUUUUCCGACAAAACUCACAUCUACGACUUUGCUACUUACUCAUAUACGUUUACAUGGGCCGCCCGUUCAUAUUUGUCGACAAGAAGGAUCCUCAUAGCGAAAACGUGCCAGGUGCAAAUAAUGAUGCAGGCCAAGCACGCCGAUCGGUCUUAGUGGAUGACUGCGUAUCUAGCGCAUUGGACAUUCUCAAUACUCUGCAAUCUCUAUCAGACCACGUGGGUCUUUGCCGAGCCUCCUAUAACGAGUUCGGAGCUUGUCGGGCUGCUCUUCUCGUAAUUCUUGCGGAAAGACUUAACUCAGGCAAGUCUCCAAGGCUACAAGAUGGACUACAGCGCGGCAUGGGUCUGAUACGUCAAAUGAUUGGAGGGAGCUCUUCCCAGUCGGAGAUAUCGUACAUCGAGUCUAUCGAAGCGGCUAUCAGUCAGCUCCUUGAGGUCCCGGAAGGGGAUGUCGCUUCUCAAUCAAUCACAGAACAAAGCACCGUGUCUGCAUAUGCAAAGUUCAAGGACUGGACGCAAUCAUUGAAGAAAGAUAAGGGCGCAGUCGGUAGCAAUCUGGAGCUAUCAUCUUUCAGUCCACUUUCGCAUCUUACCCCUGGCACCGACAGCUUCACAAAUCCCGAUCUCAAUGAUAUGACUGGGUUCUUCAAUCCUGAUUGGCCAAACAACGAUAUGGAAUUUGAUACGAAUAUUCUCUCGCUGUUGUCAAAAUAA